GGUUCAUGCGCCUCGGCCUCCCAAAAUGCUGGGAUUGCGGAUCUGAGCCACCGCGCCCGGCCUGAGGUGAUUUUUAACAAGUACAGCCGUAGCUGCAGAUAUCCUGGUUCUGUAGGAACAAUGAGGUAUGGAUGGAUCCAUAGCUGGACCUAUGGAUGGGAUGGAUCCCCGGUAGGCCCUGGACAGAGGGAAAUGCUCUGGUUUUCGAGUGAGACCCACCCACAAAGCUAACCGUGGAAGUCACUGGCGGCCUCCUUCGCCCUGCCGCCGGGGAACCCUGCCGGUGGCUCUCGACCUGCUCCCGGGCCAUCUGGUGACACUGACUUCGCAGCCACCACCUUAAUUGGCGCAUUCGACCCAAAUAAUAACCAGGGAACCUGUGGGCGGUCAAAGGCCCGGCUCUGCGGUCGGCCCUCCCAGGCCCCUCUCCCUGCCCUGUGAGGCCAGAAAGUUACUUCUCCGAGGCCGUUCCCCAUGUCGAGAAAUAUCUCCCGCUUGAGGUUCUGUGGGGUAGGGGAGGUUCGUGCAUUUCUCACAGAAAACCUCGCACAGACCCGCGACUGCCUUUAUUAACAGCUCUCAGGAGACUGCCUGCAGCCGGGGGUGCCUCCGGCCCCAUGCUCGCGGGCAAGCAGGGCUACGCUGUGCCUCCAAAAGGGCCAACGGGAACUCUGCGGUCCCUGAACUUCCGGUGCUGGCGGACUCCUCGCUCCAGGGCCACCAGAAGCCGCGGCGUGAGUGCGUGCCGGGACCGAGCGCGGGGUAUCUAAGGAACUCCAAGGCUGCCCGAGCCUACGGACCCAGCCACAUUGGCGAACCGGAGACCGCCCGAUUCCACCACCCCCUCGCUCCCCUCACAGCCGGCGCCAAAAACGCCAGUCCCACGACGCAGGCCGGGACCCGCGCGCCCACGGCCCAAUCAGCGCGGGCCUUGCACAAAGCGAGCCCCGCCCCCACGGCGCCGUUGCCAGCCCCUCCCCCUCCCGUGGCCGCCUCGGCCCGCCUACUCCCCGCCCCGCGCCGUUCACGGUUAGAGGCUCGCGAUUGGCUCAUGGGGACGGCCGCGAGCUUUGGUUGGUCGGCGCGGAGUCACGAGGGCGCCGUCGUCGCCUUUCCACAGGCGAUUACUGGGCAGGCUCAGUCUUUCGCCUCAGUCUCGAGCUCUCGCUGGCCUUCGGGUGUACGUGCUCCGGGAUCUUCAGCACCCGCGGCCGCCAUCGCCGUCGCUUGGCUUCUUCUGGACUCAUCUGCGCCACUUGUCCGCUUCACACUCCGCCGCCAUCAUGGUGAAGCUCGCGAAGGCAGGUAAAAAUCAAGGUGACCCCAAGAAAAUGGCUCCUCCUCCAAAGGAGGUAGAAGAAGAUAGUGAAGAUGAGGAAAUGUCAGAAGAUGAAGAAGAUGAUAGCAGUGGAGAAGAGGUCGUCAUACCUCAGAAGAAAGGCAAGAAGGCUGCUGCAACCUCAGCAAAGAAGGUGGUAGUUUCCCCAACAAAAAAGGUUGCAGUUGCCACACCAGCCAAGAAAGCAGCUGUCACUCCAGGCAAAAAGGCAGCAGCAACACCUGCCAAGAAGACAGUUACACCAGCCAAAGCAGUUACCACACCUGGCAAGAAGGGAGCCACACCAGGCAAAGCAUUGGUAGCAACUCCUGGUAAGAAGGGUGCUGCCAUCCCAGCCAAGGGGGCAAAGAAUGGCAAGAAUGCCAAGAAGGAAGACAGUGAUGAAGAGGAGGAGGAUGACAGUGAGGAGGAUGAGGAGGAUGACGAGGACGAGGAUGAGGAUGAAGAUGAAAUUGAACCAGCAGCGAUGAAAGCAGCAGCUGCUGCCCCUGUCUCAGAGGAUGAGGACGAUGAGGAUGACGAAGAUGAUGAGGAUGACGAUGACGAUGAGGAAGAUGACUCUGAAGAAGAAGCUAUGGAGACUACACCAGCCAAAGGAAAGAAAGCUGCAAAAGUUGUUCCUGUGAAAGCCAAGAACGUGGCUGAGGAUGAAGAUGAAGAAGAGGAUGAUGAGGACGAGGAUGACGACGACGACGAAGAUGAUGAUGAAGAUGAUGAUGAUGAAGAUGAUGAGGAGGAGGAAGAAGAGGAGGAGGAAGAGCCUGUCAAAGAAGCACCUGGAAAACGAAAGAAGGAAAUGGCCAAACAGAAAGCAGCUCCUGAAGCCAAGAAACAGAAAGUGGAAGGCACAGAACCGACUACGGCUUUCAAUCUCUUUGUUGGAAACCUAAACUUUAACAAAUCUGCUCCUGAAUUAAAAACUGGUAUCAGCGAUGUUUUUGCUAAAAAUGAUCUUGCUGUUGUGGAUGUCAGAAUUGGUAUGACUAGGAAAUUUGGUUAUGUGGAUUUUGAAUCUGCUGAAGACCUGGAGAAAGCGUUGGAACUCACUGGUUUGAAAGUCUUUGGCAAUGAAAUUAAACUAGAGAAACCAAAAGGAAAAGACAGUAAGAAAGAGCGAGAUGCGAGAACACUUUUGGCUAAAAAUCUCCCUUACAAAGUCACUCAGGAUGAAUUGAAAGAAGUGUUUGAAGAUGCUGCAGAGAUCAGAUUAGUCAGCAAGGAUGGGAAAAGUAAAGGGAUUGCUUAUAUUGAAUUUAAGACAGAAGCUGAUGCAGAGAAAACCUUUGAAGAAAAGCAGGGAACAGAGAUCGAUGGGCGAUCUAUUUCCCUGUACUAUACUGGAGAGAAAGGUCAAAAUCAAGACUAUAGAGGUGGAAAGAAUAGCACUUGGAGUGGUGAAUCAAAAACUCUGGUUUUAAGCAACCUCUCCUACAGUGCAACAGAAGAAACUCUUCAGGAAGUAUUUGAGAAAGCAACUUUUAUCAAAGUACCCCAGAACCAAAAUGGCAAAUCUAAAGGGUAUGCAUUUAUAGAGUUUGCUUCAUUCGAAGACGCUAAAGAAGCUUUAAAUUCCUGUAAUAAAAGGGAAAUUGAGGGCAGAGCAAUCAGGCUGGAGUUGCAAGGACCCAGGGGAUCCCCUAAUGCCAGAAGCCAGCCAUCCAAAACUCUGUUUGUCAAAGGCCUGUCUGAGGAUACCACUGAAGAGACAUUAAAGGAGUCAUUUGACGGCUCCGUUCGGGCAAGGAUAGUUACUGACCGGGAAACAGGGUCCUCCAAAGGGUUUGGUUUUGUAGACUUCAACAGUGAGGAGGAUGCCAAAGCUGCCAAGGAGGCCAUGGAAGACGGUGAAAUUGAUGGAAAUAAAGUUACCUUGGACUGGGCCAAACCUAAGGGUGAAGGUGGCUUCGGGGGUCGUGGUGGAGGCAGAGGCGGCUUUGGAGGACGAGGUGGUGGUAGAGGAGGCCGAGGAGGAUUUGGUGGCAGAGGCCGGGGAGGCUUUGGAGGGCGAGGCGGCUUCCGAGGAGGCAGAGGAGGAGGAGGUGACCACAAGCCACAAGGAAAGAAGACGAAGUUUGAAUAGCUUCUGUCCCUCUGCUUUCCCUUUUCCAUUUGAAAGAAAGGACUCUGGGGUUUUUACUGUUACCUGAUCAAUGACAGAGCCUUCUGAGGACAUUCCAAGACAGUAUACAGUCCUGUGGUCUCCUUGGAAAUCCGUCUAGUUAACAUUUCAAGGGCAAUACCGUGUUGGUUUUGACUGGAUAUUCAUAUAAACUUUUUAAAGAGUUGAGUGAUAGAGCUAACCCUUAUCUGUAAGUUUUGAAUUUAUAUUGUUUCAUCCCAUGUACAAAACCAUUUUUUCCUACAAAUAGUUUGGGUUUUGUUGUUGUUUCUUUUUGUUUUUUUGUUUUUUUCUUUUGCGUUCGUGGGGUUGUAAAAGAAAAGAAAGCAGAAUGUUUUAUCAUGGUUUUUGCUUCAGCGGCUUUAGGACAAAUUAAAAGUCAACUCUGGUGCCA